AUGAAGUACCCACCGGGGUCGCCGGUCUGGGUCAGAUGCGAUGACGGGGAGUGGUGGCCAGCAGUGGUGCGUGAGGCGAACAAGGAGUCGUUCCUCGAGGUUGGGGGAGAGUACGAUAUGUGUGUGGAGUUUUAUCAUGAUCGUGAAAAUCUCUAUCCUGUAGCCUCAGGGGACAACGGUGUGCGCCAAUUUCACGUCUUGGAGGCGGAACGGGACAACGAGGAGCGGGGACUGUUUCUCGUGGAGGUGACAAAGAAGGCAGUGCAGCAGGCGUUGUUAGACUCUGGCCGUAGCGCACCUCCACUGGAUAUUAUUCAGACGUACAGCGCGGCAGAGUUGCGGUGUAUGUCUGCCCUUCUUGGGACGGUUAACCACGACACUGCCUCGCAGCUGCGGCAGGCGUUGCUGAAAAACGAAGGAAUUGAUCUCUCGUCAAAGAAUGUUAAAAAAAUUGCCGAGAAAGAACGGAGAAAACGUAAAAGAACCAUACCUUCAGCGGAGGUGACGAUGCCCCGUGUGCUGAGCGGGGUCACUCCGCCUCUGCCGCCGCCGCCGCCGCCCACCCGGAGCUCCUACAUCAAUUCUCCCGCUCCGCCUGCUGUGCCGCCGCUCUCAGCAUCGCAACCAGUGGCAGUGAUGACGGCAAAGAUAGAACGGAAGUUCCAGGAGCCUUUUGACUCUGCCGCGCUGGAUGUACUGCGCAAGGAGGUAUUUGAGAACAAGGAACGAUAUGUGUUAUCACCGCUGUACCGAUACCUGGAGGUGCUGGGCGCUGUGGUGGUGGAUGGUGAUCCUGUGGAGACGACAUUGCCUUCGCCAUUGGCUCUACAUGAGGUCCCGGAUGGUGGCUUUCCUCCGUCGCGGCGCGUGUUACUUGUCGCAUUGUCGACUCCCACGUUCGAUCACACCGAUGGGUGGAUGAUGCCCUUUGAAUAUGAAGGAGCCACUGUCGCGAUGACACUCGCCGUCAACGGUGCUGUGGUAGAGAUACCAAGUAAUCCUUCCUUGCCUUCAGGAAAGGAAACUAUGGCUGUAAAGACAGCCCCAGCGGCUGAUAUAACCUCUCUUGUGUUACGCGAAGAGUUGUUUUCACUCGCCGUUGAUUUCACGGGGUUCAUUGAAGACACAACACUUUGGGGUGGCGUGAUUGCCGCCGUAUAUGUGGACACUGUUGACAUGGAUGUGCUAGCUGAUAGGGUUGUGUCCAAUUACCAGGUCCCACCCCGCCGCAAAGAACGUGUCGAUGUCGUUGGGGUACAUGUGAAAAUUGUUUGCCCCCUUACGACGCUUCCACUGAAAGUACCCGUGCGAGGGUUUUUAUGCGAGCAUAUGCAGUGUAUGGAACUCUGCUCCUUGCUCACCCAUUGCGCCCGCACGAACGUGUGGAACUGCCCACUUUGCUGGGCGCCGACCAGGCCGCAGACGAUCAUGGUGAACUACAGGCUAAAGGAAUGGCUGGAAAGAUAUCAUACCCUCUUGAGUAAAGUGGACUAUGUUGUAGAGACACCAUCUGGUGAGCCUCUCCGUGCUAUCUGGAAGCGGGAAAGCAGGAGACAAGUUGCUGACGUCAUUGCUGUUGAAUAA